AUGGCCGCAGCGGACGCCGCCGCGGACCCGAGCUGCAAGCGCAGGCGCCUCUCUGCCAAGGCGGCGCCUCGUGUGGUUUCACACUGGCGCGAACCCGCCUGCCCCACCUUCGACAUCGAGACGGACGAGCCUGGUGGCGCGCAGGUAGAGACGCAGACGCAGGUGGAGAUUGCCGACCACAUCGAGACCCAGGUGGAGGGCGUCUCCUUCUUCCAUGCGCAGGCUCUUUACGGCGAGGGCGACCUUGGUGCUAGGGCAAACGGUGCUCAGCAAUGGGAUGACACGGGCGGAUUCCAGGCCGCCAUCGCAGCAGCUGGCGACACAGGGGAGCAGGAGGUCGACGACAUGCAGAAUGGCCAAUUGGACGAGCACGCCAUCCCGACCGAGCAGGGAGAGCCAGCUGACAAACAGGAGAAGGACUGGGAGAUCGACGGGGGGAAGCAGACGGCCGAGGAGGUUUGGGGGGAUGACUGGACGAGCGACGGCGAGAAGCCAGACGAGAAGGACGACUUGCCGCCUCACCCUGAGGCUUGCGGGUCUGGAGACGUACCUCCAGGCGGGGCGCCAAGGCCGCAGCCCGAGACCUUGCCUUUCGGCGAGGAGCCCGAGACGCAGGCGUACAGCGGGCUCUUCGUGCAACCAUCUGUCGACCCCCCCGCCGCUGAGAGAAGCGCGCCCUCCGCUGAGAGCAGCGCGCCCGCCAGCAGCGCGCCCGCCGCUGACAGGGGCGCGCCCGAGCGGGAGUCCCUUCCAGAUCGCCUCCCAGAUGGUUGGCCGUUGGGCGCCGAUAAUCGCUGGGGCCCGCCGCCCGAGAGCCGUGAGGUCAUGCCUAACACGUCCAGCGAGGAGAUGCCUGAGCAACCUACCGACGGCGGUGAACUCGGCGUGGACGAGGCGGGCGAAGCCGUGGGGGAGGGCGAUGCGACGGCGGUCGCGCAAGAGGAGGCCCGAGACGAGACGGCGAGGCGGGAGUCGCAGAGCCUCGAGGCCGCGCAGCGUCCAGCAGGCAUGAAGACCGAUGCGAUGUUCAGCGCGUCGCUCAAGGACGAGUCCAAAGGCGACGAGCCCGUCAUGGAGAAGUCCGCGUUCGAGGAGGAUACCCUCAUGGGGAAGUUCAUGACGUUGAAUGGCCCGACUGACGCAGAUGGGCCGCCAGACACGGAUGGCGCGAAGGGCGUCGAGGACGAUUCGGAGCUCAUGAACUGCGCGCUCAACGGGUUCAAUUUCUUGGCGAGGAGCCCGAUGGGCUGGCGCUUCCAGAGGUGGCUCAACGGGAACACUGACAAGUGGGAGGAGUUCGGACAGCUGAGCGCCUCUGGUAAGACGGCGUUCAAGAUGCAGCGGGCCGAAGACUUGUACGACGAGCACAUGAAGCGCAAUACGAAGGUGGAGAAUAUGAAGCAACGAACCAUCAAGAGAGGACGCAUGCUGAACAUCGACCAGAUCAUCAAGGCUCAGGGAGGACAUACAUCAGCAUCCGCUGUGGCGGGCGCGUAUGCCAUUGCCGAGUACGCCAUGAAGAAAGCUGCUGUCGAACCUGGCUGGGUUGAG